ACCGCCCAGACAGCGCGCGUCGGAAAAUUCCGAACGAAAUUCCUAAAUUUUUACCGCCAAAUAGUUAGUUCAAAUAAAAGGAUUGUAUUUUUUUUAAGUUCAUACGUAAGGCAACGGAACAAUAAUAUCAUCUGCUUUAUUAGUUUAUUAUUGCUAAGUAAACACCGAAAAUACUUUGAUGAAAUGAAAAUGGAAACUAAAGUUGAUGUGCACACGGUCCACCCGACCUCGCUUUCAGAUCAGCCUUCGAAGCAUGCCCUGCCAAAAGGACCCUAUGGCUCCUGGUGCACACCCGAAGCAACACCAGCUCAUACCACGUUAUCGCCAACUGACUCUACUGUAGAUACCAAAUCCAAAACGCAGGAUGACACCAAAUGUACGAGAGUCAAAGAGAUAAUAUUGGUACCACAGAAGGUGACACUGUUCCCAGAUAGCCCCCCACCGGAUUACGAGUUUGAAGCAGACACUACAGAACACAACAUAGAACUCAAAGAACUUAAGAAAUCCAACUCGGCCGAUAGUGCGAUAAAACGCUUCUCCCCAGACAGUGAGAAGUCGUCACUCCCCGUGGAAACCCCACAAAGUCCGGUGCCGUCAUCGCCGCUCAAAGAUAAAAAAUGGCGCAGCUUACGACUGCCUUUCUGUUGCGAUCCCUUCCUACCGAUUGACCCCCAGGGUCGCGGCUACAUAUCCUGGCUCCUCCUGGUAACAUUCUGCUACAGCUACAACGCGUGGUGCAUCCCCCUCCGCGCCACGUUCCCCUAUCAGACCCCCCACAACACCCCCCUAUGGAUGGCCAUGGACUACUUCUGUGACGUCAUCUAUGUGCUCGAUGUGGCGCUGGUCAAACCGCGACUCAUGUUCCUGCAUGAAGGGUUCUGGGUGGCUGAUCUAGCAGAGACCAAGAAGAAUUAUAGGAGGAAGUUGCAGUAUAAGUUCGACAUGAUCUCCUUACUUCCACUGGACCUGCUGUACUUCUACUUCGGACCACAGAGAGUGAUCCUCCGAGUGCCCAGGAUGUUGAAGCUGCAGACCUUCUGGGAAUUCCACCAGGCUAUGGAUCGCGUGCUUUCGUCGCCUUAUGUGGUGCGAAUCGGCAAAAUGUUAUUCUACAUAUUCUACCUGAUCCACCUGAACGCAUGCGCGUACUAUGCGAUGAGUGACUACAUCGGGCUCGGGUCCAAUGGCUGGGUAUACGAUAACGAGGGGAACGCAUACAUACGGUGCUUCUACUUCGCUACCAAAACUGCUACUUCUAUCGGAAAAAAUCCAAAGCCAGAGAACACGGGGGAAUAUCUGUUCAUGACUGCUGCCUGGCUGAUGGGAGUGUUCGUGUUCGCUCUGCUCAUCGGACAGAUAAGGGAUAUUAUUGCCACGGCUACUAGAGCUAGGGCUGAAUACCGUAAAACAGUGGACGGUUGCACGGAAUACCUGCGACGCCUAAACAUGCCGAGUUCAUUGCAGAGGCGAGUCACCUCCUGGUUUAGCUACACUUGGAGUCAACAGCGAUGUUUCGAUGAAUCCCGAAUCCUGAACUCCUUACCGUACAAUAUGAAACGCGAUGUUGCACUUGCAGUUCACAUGUCAACCUUGAGUAAAGUGCAAUUAUUCCGCGACUGCUCAGACUCGCUCCUCCGAGACCUGGUGCUCCAACUGCGGCCAGUAUCAUUCUUACCGGGCGAUGUGGUGGUGCGAGCUGGCGACGUCGGACACGACAUGUACAUAAUCAAGUCUGGCGAGUGCUGUGUUAUGUCACAUGAUGAAAACGAAGUACUAGCGACUCUCAAGGAAGGUUCGGUAUUUGGAGAGAUCAGCCUUUUAGGAAUCGAUGGAUUACGACGACGCACUGCUACUGUCAGAUCUCGCGGCUACUCUUCUCUCUUCGCGUUAUCCCGAAAUGACCUUGACGCGGCUCUCAAGCACCACAAAGAAGCGGCACAAAUACUGCGCCUCCGGGCCGAUCAGAUCAUACGAGAGAACGCAGCGAGACAGGCCAAGCAAAGACUGGUCAAAGUGGAAGCUAAGAAAUCGACUAGCCUUGAAGAAAGUGGUACUACUGUGAGAAAGAGAAGGUUGUCAAGUACGUCGAGCAAUAGUAGUGCGUUGGAAGCUAGACGGCAUAGAUCAGCUAGCGCGCAAUCGAGGAGGAGGCUUUCUGCUGUAUCUGAAAUUAAGGGGGAAAAACCGAAUCAAGGAGGGAGACCAUCUCUCGCCUCAGCAUGUAGUGGUGUUCGCACUCCACUGCCAACGAUCGUGCUCUCCAGUGACUGAAGAGGUCCUCAUUUGUGAUUAUUAUGAGAGACAAUACCUAUAAGGAAGCGGAAUAGGCCCAUACAUAGGGUUACAAAUCAACAACAACCCUUAUACAGUCAACCUUAAACACCAGUUUGGCAGUUCAAAACCUGUUUUAAAUAUGCUAAGAAGGGUUGUUGUCAAUAAGGAAACAAAAUAACUCCUAACAAUGGCCUAUUGCCUGCGGCGAAUGCCAAAGAAUAAGUGCGCAAAACAGAUGUGCAAAUGAAUUUGUAGCUGUGUAAAGUUAUACGAUUUUCUUAAAAUGUUUUUCUGUGCGUGUGUACUAAUCGAGCUCAAAUUCUUUUAAAACUUUAGGGCAAUACUACAUUACUAUUUAAGUUAAUCUACUCGUAGAUUAAUAAAUAUGACAAAAGAACCCAUUUGUUUAGAUAAAAUUCAAAUUGUUUACUUCGGACUUCAUCCAUACAUGUUAGCAGCAAACAACUUAUAUUCUAAUGUUAGUAAUAACUUAUAUAACUUAAAGUUAAUACACUCGCGCGACACUGGGCAUAGCAGGAUGCAGCUGUAUCCAGUGCCGCAGCAGCGGGGAGUCCCACCGGACUGCUAACACACUCAGGAUACUACUGGGGGGUUAAAAUGGCCACUUGGAAGCAGUUCAUCUAAGAAAGCAAUAUUGCAAUUUGACAUUUGCGCAUAUAAAAGUAAGUGCGCAAUGCAAACAAAUGCCAAAUAGCAAUAUUGCUUUCUUAGAUGAAUUGCUUCGAUGUGGCCAUUUUAACCCCCCUGUUCGAACUGGCGCGCACACGGCGCAGCAAGGAGGCGCAAUGUUGAUGGCGUAACCUGAUGGUAUUGAAGCAAUUAAUUAAAUUAAAUUAAAAUAAGUCCCUAAUUCAAUACCUAUGUACUUACCAACAUUAUAUUAUAUGUAAGAAGUUACCUAAGUACAUCAUAUCGACAGACCGACGACCGAAUAUUAGAAUUAAGUAGAUGAAUGUGAUAUAUUUAUUUUACUAUUUACUGUCUGAUAUCUACAAAUAAAUGGCUGCUCAAGA